ACCCAACUCCAACUGUAGAACAAAUUAAAACCCAACCCGGCAGGCCAUCUUCUAUCUCUCUCUCUCUCUCUCUCAGCUGCAACAAGAAUGGAAGGUCGUCAUGGGAAUCAUGAAUACAAAAAAGCGUUGUGGACAGUGGAGGAGGAUCGAAUUCUAAUGGAAUACGUGAGGGUGCAUGGAAAAGGGAAGUGGAAUCGCAUCGCCAAAAUGUCAGCUGCAGGUUUGAAGAGGUGUGGGAAAAGUUGCAGACUAAGGUGGGUGAAUUACCUAAGUCCUAGUGUAAAGCGGGGUGAUUUUUCAGAGGAUGAAGAAGACCUCAUUAUUCGCCUCCAUAACCUUCUGGGAAACAGGUGGUCUUUGAUUGCUGGGCGGGUCCCUGGCAGAACUGACAAUCAAGUUAAGAACCAUUGGAACACUCAUUUGAGCAAAAAGCUCGGAAUCAAAAAGGAGAAAAAUAAAGUUGGUGUUAAUGCGAGGUUAUCUUCAAGAGAUCUUGGCGUCGACAAUCGUAAUAUCUUCUCGAAAUUCAAUUGUAACGAGACUUUCAAUGACAACGUCAGGGAAAUUGCAACAGAAACAGUAACGAAAUGCGAUUCUCAUGAUGAUGACGUAUUCAAAUUUAUAAUCGACAGACAAGAAGAUACAAUAGAUGACAAUUAUGCGAGUUCUUUUCAAUUGUUUAGUGAUGAUCUAAGUUCACAUAUUGCUUAUUUAAUGGAGCCCCUAGAUGCAUAUUCUCUUGAUUUUGUUUGGGAUGGUUUGUAGACUUUCAUGCCUAAUUGUUUGUAGAUUCUUCUUAUUUAAUGAAAUUUUCUUUCAUGUUGUCUCUUCGAAU